CUGGUAAUUUCCGCCGGUAAUAUGCCGGUCCAAAUUUUCCGUAGGGCUGUCGCUCAUGUAUGUCUGACAAGCAAGUCAGAUCAACGCUGUUCUUCGUAGCGGGGCAGAGUUCAAUCUGCCAAGCAAGUGAACAGCCAAGAUCCUCACCCUCGACUCUACCAGAGCAGAACGAGUAGCGCACUUACCAGCUCUUGCAACAGAUGAUCAGGGUGGUAGAAUCUUGCUCAAUGCCUUUGAUCAAGCGUCGUUCCUCCGUCGUUCACGGAACCAGCUCCGCUGCUUCGAGCUGGCAUCGCAGCAGGUACAGCCAAGGGCGACGCCAUGGCUCAUCUGAAAACGUCCUCAUCUUUCCUGAUACACCCCUACGGGGAACUUAGACCGGCAGAUUGCCGGCGGGAUUUACCGGAAGAAUACCGGCUCAAGAGUCAAUACCGGCGGAAAAUGCUUCAUUUUGCAGGCGGAGUAAUACCAGCAGACUACCAGCAGACUACCGGCGGAAACAAGCAAGCCUUUACAAGAGGCAACCGGACGACUACCAGAGGAUACCAUCUGCCACAGGUGAAGCUCAAUAGAUGGCGUAGCGGCAGUAGGUGUAGCAACUAGCCCAUCUACGACACACUACAGACGUGCUGCCGCUUUCUUGGCCUUCUUGGCAGACUUGCGCGCCUUCUUUACUUGUGAUGCUGCAAUAUUGGCCUUGGUCAUAGUUGCGCUGCCUUGCUCAGCGUCCUGUGCUCUGCAUGAUAGCUUUGAUGUUCUUCCAGACUAAAAAUGCAUCGUUAGCAUGUCAUGGUAGGAGCAGCAGAAGUGUAUACCUUGCGAGACGAGAAGACAGAUCGUCCUUUGUUUAACUUCUGGCCUCUGGUCGGUCUUAUAACAGCAAAGAUAAGACAGACUUGCCUUGGAAACACGAAAAUCCUUGUUUGCCUUGACGC